UCUGUUUGCACCUUCGUCAAUGCUAUCACCGUCCCUGGAUGAUUGAGUUCAAGUUCAAGUCGACACAGAUCCGGACAUGCGUUGUACAUGCGCCUAACUCUCGGUAGCCUCAUGGUGGCCGUAAGGCGUGCAGGAGCGAAGUGGCCAGUAACGGCCGCCAUUCCCUUACCACCUGAUCCUUGUAGGCUGAGCGCUGAGCGCUGAGCGCUGAGCUGUCGCAAAUGCCGGAAGAUUUACCUACGUCCAGUGGUCUGAAGCACAGUAUGCAGCAAUUGCAGAUCGAGAUCCCAGAGUCGCUUGUCCCCCUUCCGACAUCGUACUCGACGUCCCGAUCUUCAUCUUCCCCGCCGUCGAGCUGGGUGAAUCACUCACCAGCUCGCCAUGUAUCGGCCCUCCCGUCGCCCGUAUCGCCCAUUAUCGUCCACACGGAGCUCUCGCCUAUACACUCCGAGCAAGACUCCGUUGAUGAGCAUACCGAGUCUCACCCUUCCGAUGGUCCGUCCCCACCAAGGCAUUACGUAGAGGUCGAACUUCCCUCUCCGAGUGUAGCGUCGCUGGUCGACUUCCCCGGAAACAGGGCAUCACGGACGGACCUGAUGGCCGUGGUCAUCACCCCCCAUAGCCCUGCUAUCCCAUUUCCAGCUCCUGUGCAACCGCGCUCGCACCGUCGAAAGGCCGCUUGUCCAAGAGCACAUACGUCACCCAGUCGGUCAAGCUCCCCUCUACCGACUCCCCCAUCUGCGGAAGCGUUGUCGUCCUCCAUGACAUGCUCUCCUCAUGGUGUUCAGUCGGAGAACCAUCUUCCUCAAGUGACGAUUAGCUUGAAAGCCACGUCCGACGCGCCGCGUUCUGCUGUGCGCCCAUCUGUCCAUGACAUGUUCUACAUACGGGAUGAAAUGGUCGUUCUCAGCGUCGAGGAUUGCCUUUACAGGGUCCAUCGUCAUCUACUGGAAUACAACUCCGAUUUCUUCCGGCGACUGUUCUUCGAGGGCGCGAAAGACGGGAGGAACCUCGGUGUUACAGAUGAUUCCGCGAUCGCUCUUCCGGAUGUGUCGCAGCAUGACUUCGACUGCCUGUUGAACUUCCUUUACUUCAGGAUAUUCGACGAUGAUGCGCUGUCGUUGCGUGAUUGGGUCACACUGCUGGACGUGUCUACUCGCCUGCGCUUCUCAAAGCUCCGUCCUAGGUCAAUCAGGGAGAUCUCCGCUCGCAGAGAGUCACUGACCGCGGUCGAGACGGUUGUGCUCGCUCACAAACACGACGUCCCCGGUUGGCUGGCAAGAGCAUACGGCGACUUGUGCCGGAGACCACACCCGCUGGACGACGCGGAGGCAGAACAGCUGGGCGCGAAGAUCACCGCGAGGAUCGCACGUGCCCGCGAGACUAUCCGGGACGAAACCUUCCGCGCGUCCAACCAAACGCGCUCUGGCAACCGUUCUCCGCCGGAAGCUUACGAUGAUGAACUCGUCUCGCGAACUGUGAUGGAUGUGUUCUGGCUGGGAGAAUGAAGGAGGCGAUGUGUAUGCCUGGGACACGACAUUAGAGACCGUUCGUGCGGUGUUUGCUCCAGUAUGUGUGCGUUUGUGCGUCUCGUCCCAGUUCGGAAACCUGAGCUCACUAUGGCAGUGUAUUGUUAUCAGUAUGCGGACGCUGUAAUGCGAUGUAGGGCGGCAGAUAAAGCAAGGUUUGCGAUGUAGUGAGGUUCGUUUCCU